UUUCUUUCACUCCACUUCUUAAACCCUGCACCUCUGCUUCUUGUUGCCCCAAACCUCUUCUUCUCUUUCAUUUUUUUUCUCUCUCCAAUCCAAGUGGGGUUCUCCGAUUCCCCUUAAUUUGAUUAUUUUCUGUAGAAUAGAGGGUAUAGUUUGAGACCCUUUUGGGGAGUGAGGUGUUUUGUGAGGGGAAGGAAGCAACUUUUGGUGUGGGAGAGGAGAAACUGGAAUUGGGUUUGUGGUAGAAAGGAUGAAGAUUCAGUGCAGCGUGUGUGAGGCUGCGGAGGCCAAGGUUCUGUGCUGUGCUGAUGAGGCUGCUCUGUGUUGGGAGUGUGAUGAGAAGGUUCAUGCGGCUAACAAGCUCGCCAGCAAGCACCAGAGGGUGCCUCUUUCCACCUCUUCCUCUCAUAUGCCCAAAUGUGACAUUUGUCAGGAAGCAUUAGGCUAUUUUUUCUGCCUAGAGGACCGUGCUCUGCUCUGCAGAAAAUGUGAUUUGGCAAUACACACUGCAAACGCUUAUGUCUCUGGUCAUCAGAGGUUUCUUCUAACUGGUGUAAGAGUAGGCCUUGAAGCUACGGAACUUGGUACUUCCUCAACUUCUUUGAAGACAGAUUCUGGGGAGAAAAUUUCAGACACAAAAUCUUCUUCUGUCUCUAGAAAGGUUUCCACAGUGCCUCAGCCAUCAUCAGAUUACAAUGAAGUGUUACCCAUUGAAGUUGGGGAUUUUCCACCAGCUAAGGAAUCUUUUGGUGGUGGUUCUACAGCUGGAAAUAUGUCACAGUGGACGAUUGACGAAUUUAUGGGCCUAAACGAUUUCAGUCAGAAUUAUGAUUACAUGGAAGGAUCAUCAAGGGCUGACUGUGGUAAGAUUGGGGAUUCUGGUUCUCCUGUUUUAAGAUCAAGUGAAGAGGAAAUGGAGGAAGAUGAUAACUAUUUGGAACGCAUUCCAGAUUCGUCAUGGACAGUUCCUCAAAUUCCUUCACCACCUACAGCUUCUGGGUUAUACUGGCCAAAAGACCCUCAAUUUUCAUCUGACAGUGUUCUUUCUGUUCCUGACAUAUGCUUCCCUCACAUGCAACAACCUCAAAAUAGAAGAAUUUUUUCGAGACACCGGAGCCGGAGGCAUCUCUAGUUUGUUUACACUUCUUCUGUAAUAACUUGGAGACAUUGAUUCCUUUGUUUUCUGGUAUGAUUCUAAUUUCUAAGUUCUCUCAUGUUGCAGGGAAGUUCCAUUUGAUUAGUUACAUUUACAUGUUCCUAUUCUUGGAUGUCUGUUUCUUCUAGGGAGUAAUCUCCAACUCUCUACAUGUUAUUGGGAAUUUUCCUAGUAAAGCAGCAACAUAUAAUGGGAGUGUAGAAGGGUUUUACUAUUAUGCUUGGUCUUGUAGCAUUCUCAUUUCUGUUGUAGAAUCCUAUGUAGAUGAAUCUGUUGGGUUAUAAUUGAGAUUUGAUUCAAUAUUGGUUUGUUGUAUAAGAGUUUUGCUCUUGCACUUGCUUCUAA